GUCGAUUUUAGCUGGUGUCUUGACUCCAGCUUGUUGCUUUCCAUCAGCUAUCACCUCGACUAGUCCUCUGCCCUCCUACUUCUAUGGUACACCCCAACCCAGAAAUGCCGCGUAAACCACCCCCAACACCAACUCAAGACCUGGAUUCGACUCGCCGACCAAGCAACACCAUACCCAUCCCAUGUCCACCACCGAGAGGCCCACCAAGCAGCACCCUCGCAAAUCCGCGUCUGCGCCAAACAGCGGCGUCUCGUGGCCUCGCGCGCGCUAACGCUACCACCGUCCCGGAGCUCGGUGCUAUCGAUAGAUCAUGGGGCGCCUUGAGAAACGACGUCUGCAUGCCAGACGCUAGAACGGUGUUUUCUUCAUCGAGGUGGAUAUGUUCUACCGUCUGGCAUGCCCAAUCUCUAGAUUGAGACAUGCAGGCCUUUUUGGGAUGCGGAAGUCAGC